AUGGCGUCACUCUCAGGUUAUACUGCUACUGGGAGGACCCGAUCAUCCGAUGGCGUCACUUCCAUUAACGAUGAUACCUCCACGGUCGAAGGCACCUCACCUCAAAUCGACUCGACAGAGGAUAACGAGACCGUGUUCUUGAACAAACCUGCUUCGACUCCAAGCGCCCUCGACAAUGUGACUGACAUGACCGACAAGGCUAUCGGUCGACCUUCCAACACCCCGGAUACAAUGCAAGAGGAACCUCGAAAAUGCUGGAUCUGCUACACCGACGAGACAGAGGACUCACCACUCAAUUUAGAAUGGCGAUCUCCAUGCCCAUGCGCCUUGAUAGCACAUGAGGCCUGUCUGCUUGAUUGGCUCGCAGAUCUCGAGAAUCCUCGUUCACGCAGACGAAACGGCGGCGCUAAAAUGCAGUGUCCCCAGUGUAAAUCCGAGAUUGUUGUCACUCGGCCACGAAGCUACAUUGUUGAUGCUUUACGCAUGGUUGAGAGAGUGGCGGGACGGCUCGUCCUCCCGGGAAUGGUUUUUACAGUGGCGGGCACAGUAUGGGCAGGCUGCUGCGCACACGGCGCGUACUCAAUGAAUCUUGUAUUCGGUGCGGAAGAGGCCAAGCAAAUUCUCGAGGAGAGCAUGGACGGCCCGUGGAAUCCUGGAAUGAAUCUCGGUCUACCCCUCAUCCCGCUCGUCCUCAUAUUUUCUCGUACUCGUUACGCCGAAGGCCUCCUUCCGGCUAUCCCCGUUUUAUUCUUCGCCGCGCACAGCCCUGGCCAAGAGCCCGACCUCGACUUUUGGCCGCCGACUCCAGCCUUGACUUUCGCCGCCCUGCCAUACGUGAAAAGCUUCUAUGGUGCGCUUUACGACCGGAUGUUUGGUGGACUGGAGCGAAGAUGGAUCGCAGAGGUGCAGCCUCGCGCGGCAGAAGAGAUUCUUGAUGAUGCGCAACAACAGGAUCAGGCGGAGGGACUCAACCGAUUUGGCGACAAUGUUAAUGGUCAAAUACUCAUGGAGAUCGACCUCGAGUUACAGGUAGGAAUGGGCAAUGACGCCGAGCUUGCCGAUGCUCUAGCUCUUCCUGCCGCCGAUAACAACGAUGGCGCUGACGUAGGCGCUCAGGACGGACAAGCUCAAGGUCAGCCUGCAGGCCAGAACGGACAGGGACUGGACCUGGGUCGGCGACAAAACGAGAUCAUCCACGACACCGGAAACCUCACCGAUAUUGUUCUUGGGGCCCUCGUGUUCCCAGCCAUAUCCGCAUCGGUGGGUGGUCUUCUGAAAUACAUUCUUCCCAAAUCCUGGACCACGCCAUCAUCAGUCCUAGGGCGCAGCCGCCCCGGACUUCUCCAAACCCGCUGGGGCCGCAGUGUUGUCGGUGGGUGUAUGUUUGUGCUGCUGAAAGACGCACUCGUUCUCUAUUGUCGGUGGAAGCUGGCACAAACACACCGGCGGCGCAAGGUUCUGAAUUACGAGCGGUCCAAGGCCAGAAAGCAAGGGACAACAAAGCGGUAA